UGAAACUAAGCAUGACGGAAUCGGGUCGAUUAGUAAGAUGAAAUAUAAUCGAUUUUAAUAUUCGAUUAAGCUGAAAAUCAGGUCAAUGAAUUAAUUACAGAUUUGUUAAUUAUAUAUUUUAUCUUAUCUUUUUGUUUUUUCUUCAUAAUCAAAUAAACAUUAUUCAAGGAAAAAUACCUGACAAAGAAGGGUAGAUUUUUUCCCAUUAAAAAAAUCUGUUAAAUAUUUGAUAAAUCGAGAAAAUAUGUUUGGAUCAAUUCAAAAUGUUCGUUACCUUCCUAUUAUUUAUAACAGUCACAUGUCUGAAUUAGACGAUGUGAACUUAAUAAUAAAAGCUUUGAUUGAUAUAUUACAUUUUAAACCCUUUGUUAGAGCAAGGUUAGAUUUAUUUUUACGUAAUAUAUAUUUGUUUGCAAAACCACAGCCCAAGGGUCAAUUAAAGGGUGGCGAAAACAUAGAAAAAUAACAAUUUACAAACAAUUUAACUAAGUUAAUAAUACAAAUUCAAUAAUAUAUUUAACUAAAUGGUAGUAAUAUAGUGUAGAAAAUAAUUAUUGCUAUUUGGAAAUAUUUUGUUUUUUCCUAAGUUUCUCACGAUGCCUUAAAUAUUAUGUUGAAUAGCGUUUGUGACAUUGGAUCUCCCUGAUUGACGACUUUAUUUAUGGGUGUCUGGUGUCUUUUCUGAUGUUGUGCCUUGGCAUCUCACUUUAAUGUCGCUCUUAUUUAGUAUAAUUCUAUUGUUUUUCUUAAUUUUUUUGGAAUUCCGUGUCUUUCUAGUUCUUCUGUUAUUUUCUCUUUCUAUUUACAGGACCUACCUUUACUUUAUCGAAGCCGCCAAAUAGACCUUUCAACCUAAAUUAUUUCCUACAUAUUUAUUGCUAAAUACUAACCUUUCAAUGAAGAAGACUAUUCAGAAACAGGAUCGUCUGUAUUACUAUUUGUUGAUAAUGUUUUAAGAAACCAAAAACGUUAUGCAAAUAAAAUUUCAAUUUAGUUUGAAUAAAAAGCAGAAAUAUGAUUAUUUUGGGAAUGGGACCCAUUUCACUGAUACAGGACAUAUAUUGAUGAUUCUACGUUCACAACACUUUGAAAAACUAAGGACGAAAUCCGUGAUGACUGUCAAAAUCUCUCGUUGUUCCCAAAAAUAUUGAUAGUGUUUGAACUGAUUCAACAAGAUUGAGUUGUUGGGCCAUUCGCCGUGAAGUCCAUAGUUUGCAUCCAAUCAAUUCUUUCUAUUUCCGCACAUCAAAAAUAAACUGCAUGGUCAACGAGUUUCAACACUAGAAAAGGAGCCGUUUCUUUGUUGUAAAAGCGUAAUUUUGAAGUACCUUAGUCGAAGGGGAAAAAGUAUUUUAUAUAUUGAUUUAAAUAUUUGAAACGCGUGGAAAAAUUGAUGGAGAAUAUUCUGAAAACCAUAAAAUUUGUUUCGAACAGGAAUAUUCUUUGUUGGGCCAAAAAUGUAAAUAGCAGCCCUCGUAUUCUCAUUAAUCAUUAAUAAGUCAGAUAUGCCCUAACGGUUUUUAAUUUAUAUUUCAAACAUCAAAUACACGCAACACAUCAAGAACAAUUAUUAAAUAUAUUAUAAUAAACAUACUAUUUGAAUUAUUUGAUGCAGUCAAGAAAAAAUUUAGUUCAUUAGGAUUUAUAAGUAAAAAUUUAUUGAGAUAUGUCUAGAUAACAAUGGAAGGUAUUUUUAAAAGUCUACUUUGUCUUCAAAAUUUGAUAGAAAGUGUUUUAAAAUCUUAUUGAUCGUAUAUCUUGGUGAAAAUCCAAAUAUGUAUCAAAUUUAUCAGAGAUAUAAGGAGACAUAAGACAUCCUUAUAUAUAACAAACCAAAAAUUUAAUAUGAUUAUAAAAUGUGCAAGUCACAGUUAUUUCUUUCUAAUUUCAAAACUCAUUGAAGACGUCUGUCACAAUCUCCAAAUUUUGUGAUACAAAAACAAAAUUAUAUCUUUAUCAUUCUCUAGGUCAUUAGAGCAUCAAUUCCGGUUACGAUUUACUUAAUUUCAAUUCAAUUUACUCACUUAUUAUUUUAGGUUAUUUUAAAGUAUUAGUAAUUUUCGGUCAAAGUGCAUUUCAUGUAAUUAUAAAAUAUGUUCAUAAAGUGAAGGGCUAAUUGUGCCGAAAGAUCUAUUUCUUUAAUAUAGUCGUCAUUCAUUAUUCAUUAUUUCUAUAAAAUAUAAUUAAAAUACAAAAGUAUAUUAUAUUUAAAUCUAAUGCCAAUAUAUAGUAAUUGAGAUACCCCAAAGUAACGUCUAUGUUCGAAAUAAUUGAACUUGUCAUCUUUUAAAUAAGUUUUUUUUUAGACAAUUAAUAUUCAGAAGCAAUUUUUAUCUAUAAAGUAUUCGAAUAUUAGGACUAAUAUCCUAUCGCAUUUAAUUCGCAGGAAGUCUCAUGAAACCAGUUUAUUGGAGUAAUAAAAGUAAAAUUAAAUUACCAUUGGUUAAUGUAUUCUCUUCUUCUCUUUUCAACCUUAACUCUUCAUUCUAAACUCUUGCACAUGGGCAUUGGGUAAUUGGGAAAUCAGUCAUAAGUGUCCGUGAUCCCUAGUUCAAGUUAUUUAACUUAUCAAGAGUAUUUUAGAUAACAUUUAGAAAUUCAACCAUAGUUAAAAUUCAUCUUUUCAGUCUCUCACUUACUGUUAAAAGAAACCCGGCUUUUUUAUUAACAUGGAAAAACUUGGAAAAGGUUGGUUUAGUGAAAUUUCUGAUCUCUGGCCGGGCCAAUGUUUUUCUUUGCAAGUAAAAGAAGUUUUGUAUAAGGAUAAAUCAGAUUAUCAAGAUAUUCUAAUAUUUGAAUCAACAAACAAUGGUAGGGCUUUGGCUUUAGAUGGAAUCAUCCAAGCUACACAGAAAGAUGAAUUCUCAUACCAAGAAAUGAUAACUUUCAUUCCAUUAUGUGCGCAUGAAAAUCCCCAAAAAGUUCUUAUUGUUGGAGGCGGAGAUGGAGGUGUUGCAAGGGAGGUUCAAAAGCACCCAUCAGUAAAAGAAAUUGUUCAGGUUGAAAUAGAUGGAAAGGUGGUUGAAGCAAGUAAAAAAUACCUUCCCUUUAUGGCCAAAGGCUUUAACUCUCCAAAGGUGGAUUUAAAGAUCUGUGAUGGAUUCGAAUAUAUGAAGAACCACAAAAAUGAAUUUGAUGUCAUUAUUACAGACUCAUCUGAUCCAGUUGGACCUGCUGUGAAUCUCUUUACCGAAUCUUAUUACAAACUUCUAAAAGAAGCUCUUAAACCAAAUGGUAUUAUAAGUUGUCAAGCUGGAACUGUCUGGUCUGAUCUUCCACACGUUAAGAAAACUGUAGCAAAUUGCAAGCAGCAUUUCAAAACUGUCAAAUAUGCUUAUUCAAGCGUACCCAGUUAUCCAGAUGGUCAGAUAGGUUAUCUAGUUGCAACAUCUGAUGAGAACAAUGAUCUGAAAACACCAAAGUACAAGUUUACCCCAAAACAGAUCGAUGAAUUGGAAUUGAAAUUUUAUAAUGAUGAAAUUCAUUCAGCUGCUUUCGUUUUGCCCAAUUUUGUAAGAAAGCAAGUUCAAAAUUGAUACUAAUACUAAAUAAAUUUGUAAAAUUUG